AUGCUGAGAUUUGGUUUGCUCUUAUCGCUGCUCGUUAUACCGCUGCAGCUGAGUCCCAAUGAUGCCAUCUUUCCAGGCAAUAUAGCGAAUCAAUAUUAUCUGAACAAGCAGCGUUUCCUGUUGGAAAUCCUACAUCAUCUGCAGGAGCCGCUGCUGCACGAACAGUGGAUUGCAUUGGGUCAGCGCAUCGUUAGCGAUAAGACGGAAUAUGUCUUUUAUACCGAGCAAAUGGAGCAGUUCUAUCAACAGCUAAGCUCGGAUCGCCUGUUGCCCAAGGACGUCUAUUACAAUCCGCUGCAGCCGGAGCACUACAGGGAGACCUUGGGCCUCUUUCAGUUCUUCUACAAUACACGCGAAUGGAGCACGCUGAGGCAGAAUAUAUGCUGGGCCCGUGUGCAUGCAAACCCAGGUCUCUUUCUGCACGCUCUGAUGCAGACGAUGCUCAAGCGCGACGAUUACCGAGUCCUGAUUAUGCCCAAGAUCUAUGAGCUGCUGCCGGCGCCGUAUCACAGUGAGACAGUUGUGCGGGAAGCUGGCAACUUCAACUACAUCAAUUGGAUACGACAGCAGGCGAUGAUGGGCAAUCAGAGUCACAUUCAGAUGGUGCUGCCCAAGAAGUUGUUGCCUAUGAACCUAACCGGAGACUUGCGUACGGCAAGCAAGUGGAGCGAGGCAAUGUCCGAGGUGCAGAUCUUAAGUUUAAGCGAGCCAAAGAUGCCUCAAGGCAAACUGAGUCAUCUAAUUGAAGAUUUCGGCUGGCUGAGCUACUGGUACUACCUCAAUAUGGGCGUGGCUCUACAGGACAAUCCAUCGCAAGCGGCUCGAAUCCGCGAUUGGUGCUACUGGCAGCUGAGCCAGAUUGUGGCACGCUACAAGCUCGAACGUUACGGACAGCAAAUGGAGUACAAGCGUUUGCCUAUGCAGGAGCAGGAGAACAGUCAGUUGCUGACAUGGCAAGGCCAGCGCUAUCAGCUAGAGACUCGCGCCACAAGGGCUCAACUCACAGAGCUGCUGCGCAAACUGGAGCUGCGCGUGGAGGCAGCGAUAUCCACGCAAAGCUUUAGUCUAUCCAAUGGCACGCUGAUCGAUCUACAAAAGGGUCACAAUUGGCUGCUCGGUCUGGAGCAGCUGUUUCCCUACGACUUGAGUCAGCUGCAGUUGCCUUCCGCUGGCCAGCCCCAACAGCUCUUGGAACUGCAUACGAUGCUGCGACAGCCGAGAUUUUACGCUUAUGCCGAUCGAUUAUUGCAUGCCUAUCGAUCCUAUCGCAGCGAGUUUCAGCCGAGCUACCCACAGUCCGUGCGGCCUGCCGAUAUAAGCAUUGAGGAUAUUCUGGUUGAGCCGCUGAUCACUUUCGACGAGCCUGUGGACGUUGAUCUCAGCAAUCUUUUGCACGCCAGAAACUUCUACUACGAGAAGCAUUUCAUGUGGCCGCACAGUCUGCAGUCACGGCGACUCCGACUGCAGCAGCAGCCCUUUGCCAUCACUUUCCAGCUGGUCAGCAAUAGGACGCAGUCAACCAUUCUGCGCACCUACCUAACCACAGCUGGCGGAGCUGUCAAUGAGGAGCCCUUCUAUCAGCUCGAUUCAUUUCUGACGGUACUUUACAAGGGGAACAACACGAUUCGUCGAGAGUCCCGCGACUUUCUGGGAUCGAUCGGCGAUCAUAUAAGCUUCACAGAGCUCUAUCACUAUGUGAGCUUGGCGGAGCAGGAACAAUACGACUUUCCCUUGAAUAUAACCCUGCCGAGCUGUGGCUUUCCUAGACGCCUGUUGUUGCCUCGAGGCGGCACCGGUGCGCCGCUUGCCAUGCGGCUACUGACUAUAGCGACGCCUUACAACUAUAAGGCCAAGCAGGGCAACGAGCUCUUCUGUGACUUUAGCAAAGGCGUCAGCAGCUGGGAUGAGCUGCCCCAUGGCUAUCCCUUCGAGAGGUUUGUGGAGCAGGCGGAACUACAAGGAUCACACGCAUAUUGGAAAGCCGUCGAGAUAGCGCACAGGGAUUAUAAAUUGGCUUAGAGCAGAAGUGGUAAGUCGCUUGCCACUCAACAUACAACACUCGAUUGGAGCUUCAGCCCGGCUAAGAGGUGUAUAGCUAAUGCCUUUUUUGUAACGUAACCCAAGUCCAUAAAUAAAAUUUAA